AUGGAGUACCUGCACCACGGCGACCUAGCAGAGUACAUCCAGACAAAUCCCGUCGGGGCACAUACCAACGCCCGCGCACUAACCAUGCAGUUGCUGCGCGGGCUCGAUAUCCUGCACAAGCGCAAGAUCUGCCAUCGGGACCUUAAGCCACCCAAUGUGCUCCUCGUCACCCUUGACCCCAUCCGCGUCAAAAUCACCGACUUUGGCAUCUCCAAGCAAAUGGCCGGCACCCAGCUCCGCACGCGCUGCGGGACAUCGGGGUAUGUCGCGCCAGAGAUCAUGGGAUUUAUCCCGCGCCCGGGCGGGGACUACACGGAUGCGGUGGAUAUGUGGGCGCUUGGCACGAUACUGCACGAGUUGUUUGUUGGCGUGAUUCCUUUUGCUGAGCAGGAGGAGGAGGAGGAGGAGGAGGAGGAGGAGGAGUACGAGACGAUGGUGAGUGAGAGUGCGGUGCAUGUGAUGCAGGUGGAUAGUUAUAUGCUGCAUAGAUAUUGCAGUGGGUUGAUACCGUUCCCGGAGGAGCUGUUGGUGCAGAGGGGGGUGGGGAGUGAGGCGAGGGAGCUGGUGAGGGGGUUGUUGGCGCCGCAGCCAGAAAGGAGGUGGGGGGUGGAGAGAGCGCUGGCGAGUAUGUGGUUGGUGGGGGGUCUGGGUCGGGGUAGGGCUAGGGGUAGGGGUAGGGGUAGGGUGAAGGGUGGGUGGAGGAGAGGGUGGGGGAGGAGCUGUAAGGCAGGUUGGACAGUCGGGCUGGGCAGAUGUGGUGCUUGA